CCCCCACCCCCCCCCCCCCCCGCCGCUUCCCUCCUGUUCUACGCACAAGCAGGUUGUGAACGUCAUCUGACAGGUGGUGGAACUUCUGGAGGAACCCGUGGAGCGUCUGGUGGAACAUCUGGAGGAACACGUGGAGCGUCUGGUGGAACAUCUGGAGGAACACGUGAAGCGUCUGGAGGAACACGUAGAGUGUGCUGAACGAUGAUAGGUCGGCCGGCAUGGGUGGAUCGGGUUUGGAAGGACUUCAUCAAGAAGGAAUUCAUUCCCGUCAAGAUCCUCUUUUUCCUCUUGUUUGGAGCCAUGAGUACCCUCUUCCCGUUCAUGACUAUCCUGGCUAGGUCGCUGGGCAUCCAGGAGCACGAAUUGUCCAUUAUUCUAGCUAUUAACCCUAUCAUUGCACUUCUGGGACCUCCCAUCACUGGGUUGUUCGCUGACAAGAUUGGCAACUUCAAGGUGCUACUGAGUGCCUUGACAGUUUCAAGCGGUGUCGCAGUGCUCACCUUUCUGGCUGUGCCUGUCGGUCGCCAAAAAAUAGCUCUGCCAGACCUUCUGCCUUUCAACCUCACAUGUGCCCAGCCCGAAGACCUUCAUCCCCACCUCAGCCUCCAGGAGCCUUACAAGUGUGACUUUCUGCCUAAAUUUGAAAGCAUCAACCUCACUCUGGCAAACUGCACACAUUGCACCUAUCCCUCGUCGUGGGGAAGUGCUGAGGAAGAUGGGUGGAGGACUGUGAAUGCGAGCCUAGCUAGAGACACCACCACCCUGGAGGUGGCCCAGUGGUCUUGUUCUUCUCAGGCUCAUGUGCUGGACAUGAGGGGAGACCGCAGCAGUCACGAGCAUGGGCCUACUGCGUGGGAGGCGGUGCCGGGGUUAACCUAUGUUCUGUUCCUCAUCAUGCGCCUCAUCAAUGGACUGACGCUCGCAACAAGCAUGACCCUCACUAGAGGAGCAGCAAUGGUAAUCUUGAGAGAACACAAUGGUGACUACGGCCUCCAACGUCUCUGUGGCAGUCUGGGGGGCAUCAUCCUCACCCCUAUCUCGGGACUCCUUAUGGAUGCCACAGGAGAACAAGAUUUCAGACCGGCAUUUUACUUGUACUUCGGGCUGAAAGUCCUGGCUGGUCUGGUUAUCCUCACCCUCAACCUUGACUUCAGGAUGCCUUCAAAGAAAGUCACCAAGGAUGCCAAAUCUUUACUGAAAAAUGCUGAGGUUUUGGUCUACUUGGUGGUUAUGCUGAUAUCAGGUGGAUUCUUUGGACUACUGGAUGCAUUCCUGUUCUGGCUACUGCAGGAUCUGGGAGCAAAGAGGUCCUUAAUGGGUCUUACUGUGACAGUGGGCACUGCAGCUGGAAUUCCUAUCCUUGUGGCCUCGGCAUCCAUCAUUUCCCGUCUGGGGCAUGCCAACACCAUCAUCCUCGGCCUCGCCUUCUAUGUCGUCCGCAUGAUAGGAUACUCCUUCCUCACAAAUCCAUGGUGGUGUAUGCCCUUUGAGGCUCUGGAAUGCUUUACUGUAUCUCUGAUGGAGACUGCUGCUGUAUCGUAUGCUGACGACCUGUCCACACCUUCCACUAUUGCUACACUGCAGGGGCUGUAUGGAGGAAUCCACUAUGGUUGUGGCCGUGCUCUUGGGGGGCUGGCUGGUGGCGUCCUGAUAAGGUAUCUGGGAAUCCGUAACACCUUCCGAGGGGCAGCUGGUGUGUCUGCCUUUGCCUGUAUAAUAUACUUUUUCGUUAAUAACUACUGCUUCAGCAAGCAACAAGAAGAGAGGAAGAGAAUUAAAGAGGAAAUGAAAAAACAAGUAACUAAAGCACCAGAAGAUAAGAUAGCAACAGAGGAAAUAACCAAACCAACAUGUGGUAAAAAUGCAACAAAACAAGAAUACGACAAUCCUGCAUUUGAAAAGGACGGAAAUUCCACAGAUAUUGAAAGUGCAACUCAAAACAACCACACAAAUUCUGGAUUUGAAAAAGAAACAUAGUUAUUAUAAUUAUUUAGCAUCUUUCAAAUUUGGGAAGCCACCUUAAUUAUAGACAGUCAAAUUCAUGCAUGAACUCUGAUGUUAUUGUCACAUUAAUGCUCCUUUUCCAAAGGGCCGCUAUAGUGAGUCAACAGGUCGAUAUUGGCUGUGCACACAUGUCCACUAUACUGUAUAGUUGGUGUAGUGGGGCAGCAGGAGUGUCUAAGCCUAUUUGGAUGGAUGUGACCUCAUUGUUAGUGUUAUUGAUUUUGCUAUUCAGGCAUUUAAUGCAUCUGACAGUCUUCUAUGCAUCAUCGUCGAAUUGGGUGAUUAAAUUACUGAAAUUCAUAGUCACUCUGGGUUUUAAGAGAAUAAAACACAAAAUUGAUUGUAUGACAUAUGUGCACAACCUUUCAUUGCUGCCUGGAACAUCUUCAGGUGAGAUUUGGUGUUUAGCAGGCAUGGUUAAGGGGAUAUAUACAUGGAUAGAGAUGAGGUACAGGUUAGGUGAAUCAAGCCAUGAGACUUAGGUGUUGGGGAAAUGAGCAGGGUUUCCUCUGUUAUGACAUGACAGCAUCAUCUAUUGGUUGGAGUCUCAGUGUUAGUAAUGAGGCAAAGUCAAUGUUCUCAAUGUUUAUAUUACCUGGUAGUUUUUGUUUCUUUGGCGAGGAUAGCUUCCCGAAUUUGUUAUUUGCAAUCACUUGCAGAAUCAAGUAUUUUUGUGUGUUUCAAGCCUUUUUUCUAGUGAGUGCGACAUUGUGAUAUCAUGUAAUUUUUUUGGAGUUCCUGCUUGUAGGUGACAAGUCAACUUCUUGAAAGUUUAGUAGUGGUCAUACCAAUAAAGGGCUGAACUAACAUUACAUCUUCCAUGGGGGCAAGUGCAUUGUAUAUCACAUUGGCUUUCUGGAGAGGGUUGUUUCUUCUGUUUGGGAUGUUCUUCAUUAUUAAGUCUGCUUAAUAAUGAUCUGCUUAAUCUGCUUAAUAAUUAAAUCUGCUUAAUAAUGAACCUGAAGAGAACAAACAACCCUCUCCAAAAAGCCAACAUGAUAUACCAGUACAGUUGCCCCCCAUGAAGCAUGUAAUGUUUGUUCAGCCUAUAAUGGUAUGACCACUAGUAAACUUUCAAGGAAGUUCACAAAUCACCUACAAGCAGGAGCUAAAAAAAAAAAAAAAAAAAAAAAAAAAAUAA